AUGUCUGCAUCAAAGGCCCCAGCUGUGCCACAGGUAAUCGACGAGACUGCAGCGUCUCCUCUUGCGCCUAUGUCGGGUGCUGCACCUCGAUCUUUUUCACGACCAGCAACUGCGAAUAAUCAGACCUAUCCUACACCUCACGACGCUACCAACCCUGCGCCAGGUGCUCCCACUACAGCGACAAUGCCGGCACCAAAUGCGACAGCCCCACAAGCCACCACAACCGAAGAACGCCUCACCUACAACGACCACCUCAACGCCAGCGACCGAAACUGGAAGUUUAAACUCGGCCUCCAAGCCAUCCUCCUCAUAACCAGCAUCAUCGGCAUCGGCUGCUUCACCUGGAUAAUAACGACCCGCCCGCUUGACUCCUACUACAGCAGCGAAUCCUACUGGUCCAUCUUCCCCAGCUUGAUAACCUGGAGUGUGUCCAUACUCUGGGUCUUGACGUGUAUCCUCGUCUUCCUCUUGUGCAAACGCCCCGUGCAUCCCGGCCUACGCGUCGCCAUCGACCUCAUCCUCUGGCUGUCCUUUAUCAUCACUGCCAUGUUUGCGCUGUUGGCCCUGCGGUCGACGCUCGAUUGGGGUGUUUACGGCGGGCCGGACGGGUGGAUGUAUGAUUACAGUUCUGGAUCGAACGGUGGAGGCGACUACGUCCUCGCAGCUAACAAUACAUGGGUCUGGCAGCAAGACACCAGUUACAUCACCGCACCGCGCGACUGCACCGGUUCACAAAGCCUCUACACCGACCUGCAUUUCGCCAACUGCGAACAGCAAGACGCGUAUGUGAAUAGGCUUUGGGCGGAGAAACCCACGCGCGCUAAUGUGCUGCUUACGGGCGUCGUGUGUCAGUUUUUCGGCCUCGUGCUGCAUUUUGCACUGUUUGUUUGGGCGUGUGUGGAUACGCAUCAGAGGAGGAGGGGGAGGGUGGGCAGGGAUGCGGAGAAGCUGGCGGCCGGGAUCGUGCAGAAGAUGAUUGAGAAUGGGGCGGUUGUGCCGCCGCCGGGGGCUGGGAGGGGGCAGGCGGUAUAUGUGCAGCAGGGUGGGGGUAUGAUGCAGCAGCAGCAGCAGUUUGGGGGCCAGCAGUUUGGAGGUCAACAGCCGCAAAUGGGUAUGAUGUCUGGGCAGUAUCAGAUGCCUGUGGCGAUGAGGCAUCCGGGGAUGGAGGGGGCUGGUGUUGGUGCUGUGGGAAUGGGUAAUGAGAAGAGUGGUGGAAUGCGGUAUGCAUGA